AUGGGCUCUCAUCAGAUCGAGCAGGUUGAUGUCCUGCUCGUUGGAGCUGGCUUUGCCUCAUUCACUUUGCUGAACCGCCUACGAAAACUCGGCUACAGCGUCCGUAUCUUCGAGAAAGGAUCUGCUAGUGGCGGUAUCUGGUACUGGAACUGCUAUCCCGGGGCCCGCGUGGAUACCGAUACACCCAUCUACCAGCUAUUUGAUAAAGAGCUAUGGGAAGAUUUCACCUUCAAGGAGCGAUAUCCAGGCUGGCAGGAACUUCGCCGCUACUUCGAGUACGUCGAGAAGAAGUGGAAUAUUCGUGACUACACUUCGUUCAACAAGCACGUGGACAGCGCUGUCUUUGAUGAGAGUCGCCAACAGUGGUUGGUCGAGUGCGCGGACGGGACCGAAAUCUACGCGAGGUGGUUCAUCCCCUGCAUCGGAUUCGCCAGCAAACGGUAUACGCCCCCCUUUCCCGGGCUCGGCAACUUCAAGGGCGAUAUCUACCAUACCGCAGUAUGGCCUCAGCACGGUGUAAAUUUGAAGGGCAAGCGAGUUGCUGAAGUGGGCACCGGGGCCUCUGGAAUACAAGUCAUCCAGGAAAUCGGUCCGGUGGUGAAGGAGUUGACUGUUUACCAGAGAACCCCCAAUAUGUGUCUGCCUAUGAACCAGCGCAUGCUCGACCCCCAAGAAGAGGAGGAGAAAAAGAAGAAUGGCUGGUAUGAGGCGGAAAUGGAGAAGACCCGCAACACUUUUGCCGGCUUCACCUACGACUUUCUGGAGAAAAACACCUUUGACGAUACACCCGAAGAACGCGAAAAGGUUUACCAUAAACUCAUGGUCGAAGAUGGCGGGUUCAAAUUCUGGCUUGCCACGUACAAGGACAUGCUGUUUGACCUCAAAGCCAAUGAACCGGCGUACCAGUUCUGGCGCCGGCAGGUCUUGAAACGCGUCAAGGAUCCCGAGAAACAAAGGCUUUUGGCACCUGAGGUGCCUCCGCAUCCAUGGGGCACCAAGCGCCCGUCCCUCGAACAGAGGUUCUACGAAGUGGUCGAUCAACCCAAUGUGAAGAUCAUUGAUGUCAACGAGAACCCGAUCGAAGAAGUCACUGCCACCGGUCUCAAAACCAAACAGGGUCUUGUCGAGGUGGACGUGAUCAUCCUGGCUACCGGCUUCGACUCGGUCACGGGCUCGCUGGCUCAACUCAACAUCCAAGGCACAAACGGAGGCACAAUUGCCGACCAUUGGAAGGAUGGCACCAAGACUGCCAUGGGUAUUGCCAUGCCCGAAUUCCCCAACAUGUUCUUCUUGUACGGACCUCAGGCACCCACCGCCUUUAGCUCGGGCCCGUCCUGCACGCAGUUCCAAGCUGAAUGGGUUGAGAAGACGUUCAAGGUGAUCAAGGACAAGGGCAUCACCAGGCUUGAAGCCACUCCGGAGUCCGAGGAGGACUGGUGCAAGAGGAUGAACGAGAAGUGGGAUGCGACUUUGUUUCCCAUGGCCAAGAGUUGGUACCAAGGCGCCAACAUCCCAGGCCGAAAAGUCGAGCCGCUGAAUUGGUCCGGCGGAAUGGUCGAGUAUGUCAACACUUUGAACCGCAGUCUAGAGAAUGAUCUCCAGGGCUGGAAAUAUUCAACCGCCACCGCGUGA